AUGUCAAAACAAACAUACAGUGUCUGUUUAUGCUGGCGUAGAAGAUUCAAGCUAGCUUUAUCAGAAGCACCACAAGAGAUCAAGACCCUUUUUGAUCAAUACUCAGAAAAUGAACUCAUGACACCUUCAAACCUUAAAACAUUCUUAGUUGAAGUUCAGAAACAAGAACAUGCUACUGAAGAAGAAGCACAAGCUAUCAUUGAUAGUUUCAAACAUUUUCAUCGGAGGGGUGCUGGACUUAACCUUGAAACUUUUUUCAAGUUUCUCUUCAGUGAUAGUAACCUUUCUAUUUUACCUUCAAUUGGGGUGCAUCAUGAUAUGACAUUACCCUUGUCGCAUUAUUUCAUAUAUACCGGUCACAAUUCGUAUCUAACCGGAAAUCAGCUGAGCAGUGACUGCAGCGACGUUCCAAUCGUGAACGCGUUGAAGAGAGGCGUAAGGGUGAUCGAGUUGGAUAUAUGGCCUAAUGCUUCGAAGGAUAACGUCGAUGUUCUUCAUGGAAGGACAUUGACAACUCCGGUAGAGCUCAUUAGAUGUUUGAGGUCUAUUAAGGAACAUGCCUUCGUCGCAUCAGAGUAUCCGGUUGUAAUAACGCUAGAAGACCAUCUUACUCCGGAUCUUCAGGCUAAAGUGGCUGAGAUGGUUACUCAAACGUUCGGAGACAUACUAUUUGUUCCUGGCUCGGAAAGUUUGAAGGAAUUUCCUUCUCCGGAAUCACUUAAAAAGAGGAUUAUUAUAUCGACCAAACCACCUAAAGAGUACCUUGAGACAAAAGAAGUAAAGGAAAAAGAAGAUGAUUCAUUGCAUGGAAAGGCUUCGGGCGAUGAUGAAGCUUGGGGGAAGGAGGUCCCGAGCUUCAAAUGUGUUUCUAUAUCUGAUUACAAGGGAGUCAAUUUGGAUAAAGAAGAUAUUCACGACGAGGAAGAUCCUGAUGAAUCGGACAAAUCACAUCAUCAUGUAGCUCCGGAAUAUAAAGGUUUAAUUGCAAUUCAUGCUGGGAAGUCGAAAGGAGGUAUAGAGGCAUGGCUGAAAGUAGAUCCGGAGAAAGCGAGGCGUAUAAGUUUAAGUGAGCAACAACUUGAAAAGGCUGUUAUAACUCAUGGGAAAGAAAUUGUCAGGUUUACUCAGAAGAAUAUUCUGAGGGUGUUUCCAAAAGGUACUCGCAUUGAUUCGUCGAAUUAUAACCCAUUAAUUGGUUGGGUUCAUGGAGCUCAAAUGGUUGCGUUCAACAUGCAGGGAUAUGGAAGAUCACUUUGGUUGAUGCAUGGAAUGUUCAGAGCCAAUGGAGGAUGUGGUUAUGUUAAAAAACCGGAUUUUCUCUUAACGACCGAUCCUGAUAACAAGGUCUUUGAUCCUAAAGCUAAGUUACCUAUGAAAACUACUUUGAAGGUGACCGUAUACAUGGGAGAAGGAUGGUAUUACGAUUUCAAGCAUACACACUUCGAUCAAUAUUCACCUCCCGAUUUCUAUGCUAGAGUUGGGAUUGCUGGGGUCCCGAAUGAUAGUAUAAUGAAAAAAACAAGAGCAAUAGAGGACAAUUGGUUGCCUACAUGGAACGAGGUAUUCGAGUUCCCGCUUACCGUUCCGGAACUAGCCCUACUUCGUAUAGAAGUUCACGAGUACGACAUGUCUGAGAAAGACGACUUUGGCGGCCAGACAUGUCUACCUGUUUCGGAGUUAAGAAGCGGCAUUCGAGCAGUUUCACUUCAUAGCCAGAAGGGAGAUAAAUACAACUCUGUAAAGCUUCUUAUGCGAUUUGAAUUUCAUUGA